CACUCCUCUCCUCUGCUCCUUAAAUAGUUAAAUGCUUUGGUCAGCUGGGAGCAAGCCUGACAGCUGGAAGAGGUGCUGAUCCCAGGACUGAGCCAAGGCUGCAUAUUUGCAGCCGGAGUGGGAAGGGAAAAUGACUUUCAGCAACCACACAAAUGGCAGUUCGAUCAUGCCGAAAUUAUUCCAUAUGUAUGUGGAACAAAAGAAGACCCUUCGGUUCAACAACCACAGCAACCCAGCCUUGGAGAUGCAGGAGGAGAUAAUGGCGUCUUUCUAUAUCCUCAUCAUUGUUGGAUUUUUUGGCUUUCUUCUGUUUGUCAUGAUGCUCAGCAACAUUGUUUCCAGCAAGCCUGAAAACUACAUUGACUAUCUCUAUUCUGGGAAGUUUAAUCCUCAGAGAAGCAAGGUGGAGCUUUCAGGAAAGGAGAGCAAAGACACUUUUGUUAUCAUCAACAGCACUGCCCUAAUGGAUCUGCAAAAGCAGGACAUCAAGUAUAUCACUGGGCUGGAGGCACUGAGCACAGAUGCAGUUCUGAGGAACGUAUGAAACUUUUUUAUUAUUACUAUUCUGUUGUGUGUAAGGAGCUCCAAUAGGGAUAUUUUUUCAUUUAUGAAAGUGAGAAAGGAGAAGCUGUGCCAUUACAGAUGCAGACUGGUCAUGCUUCCUGUGUGAAAACUGUGAAGGUUCCCAAGCACAACGAGCAACUUGUGCUAUUUCAGUCCUGGGCCUUUGGAGGACAAGCUAGGAAUCAAGUCCUUACUGGCCUACCUCCUUCAUGGCUGCAUUUAUCAUGUGCUUUUAUUGCUUCCCUCUCAGGAGAAUGGAAGACUGUUGCUUCAAGCAGGGCAUUUUUUCUAGUUGGGGCAUUGCUGUUGCACCUGUUUGCUGUUAUUAAGGAUUUAUUUAUUUGGGAGGUCGGAGCUAUCAGUGAGCCCAGUGGGUGUGCGCUCUGCAAGCAGAGAGAGCAGCAACAGCCUCUGCAUCUGCCCUCACCACCAUGCUGGGCACCCCUGGAGGCCAGGCCCAUGGCCAUCCUUCCCAGGAGGGAGGUUACAUUGAGAGCCUGGAGGCACACACAAUACUUGAACUUGCUUGCUUGGCAGGCUUGGUCUGCAGUGGGUUUUUGACACUGGUCAUGCAUUUCUCAGCAGCCCUCCUCCUUCACAUUGAACCUUUCCCAUAGCCCAGGACAGUGAGGUGGUCCAAGACGUGCUGAUGUCUCCCCAGGGUCUCUCACAGGACUUACAUGUCCACCAUUGGGACUGAAGAGCCAAGCCUUAGGGCCGUGCUGCUGUUGCAUCAGUAAUCCCAGACUUAUUCCUUCAGGCUAGUGCUAAUCCCUUCAACAUGAAAUCCCACAAGCCCCCAGCCUCUGCUGCUUCCUGUUGUGGUAGCCAGUAAGCAGGAAUGUGGCAUGGCAGCUUGGGGGUGCUUUCUGCCUUGAUGCUGUGCACCAAGCCUCAGCAGACACACGAAGGAGCAGUUUGCUCAGGGGUGUUCAUCCCAAGUCCUGCAGAGCCCUGGCACACAGGUGCUGAGGACAGUAGCUUUGGGGAGGCACUCAUCAGCAGUGGACUUCAGCUUGCUAUUAUUGGUCCGUGCAUUCAUUGGAAAAGUCUCUGAAGUCUGGAAAUUAUUGGUGCAAGUACUCUGAGAACAUGAGGGCAUUUUGAAGCAAAAAUCCUAUGAAGUCCUUUAAAACUAUGUGCCUGUGGGGUGAUGUUGCCUGUUGCACUCAGACACCUUUGUGUUUCUAUGUGUUUUCACAUUUUGUUAUUGAUAGGAAGAAAGUUCUCAACGAUUUGGUACUCUAAAAAGCAUUCCUUCCCUUUUCUCCUCUAAUUUUUCUUAAACAGGCUGUUACUAAAUCCAAAGCUUUCUGUUUUGCUAUUUUUUUUUUUAAUUUAUCAUUUUCUGCCAUAAUGUACUGUUAUUAUUGUGAGUUUUCACCACUUUUUAUCUGGAAAUGAUUUACUUCGUGUGGCCCAUAUCCUUAAAGGGAAUUUCCACAGCCUGGUGUUGCAAGACAUGUUUCUAGGCUGAUACUUCCAGCUGGUAGCCAAGAUGAAACCCAUACCGCUCUCUUGGCUUUCCACGCUUCUUGCUUGAAUUCCAGAGAUUCAGCUUUCCAACACAGACAUCUCCUUUUUCGGCCAGGUGCAUAUUCCACAGACACUGUCUCCAGCAGAGGCCAGUUAGGCAAUUCUGUCAGUUUGGGAUCCCGUUACCUUUGGCUUCAUCACUGCAUCUGGUUUAAUAACUGUGUGCUUUGAACCAUAAUCCACUAUUUAUGCUCACUGCUCCUGACUGCACUCAGUAGCCGUGCUCCCAUUACUGCAGCUCAGCUAUUCAGGUCUUAAAAAUGAGAGGUGUUUUGAAGGUGGAAAAAACACUUGCAGUUCCAGAUUUGUUCCUACUACUCAGCAUGGGUGUUUUUCACGAGAAGGCAAAUAUUGCAGUCCAUUUUGAAGAAAGAUAAAUAGCUGGCUGCUGCCAGCACUGAGAAGAGACUUUAGCCUGGCUUCUUGCAGCAGUGACAAUUUCUCCUGCGUUGUAGACUCGAUUUAUCUAUUUUCCAGUCAUGCAACAGUGUCAGCAAGCAGAGUCAAAUCUCUUUUUCCAUGAGUGUUUGAUAUAAGCUUUAGACAUCCUCCUUCAGCAGUGGCCUCUGCUUUUCUUGACAGGCUGAUGCAAGGGAAGCACCAGUCUAGAGGGUGAACUCCAACUCGCUAUUUGCCUCUCUGCAAACUCACCUUCUGAAAACUGAUUUAUUGCUAAUGUAUGGCUGAAGUCAUGAUUGAUAUCCCCUUGGGUCUCCCCUUGGGGAGAGCCUGUUCCUGCUCACAUCGAUAAUCUGUUCUUGCCAUCUGGGCAUGCAGGAGAGGUGGGCCUUUCCCCAACCCAUGCUCUCCAUGCAACAGGGUCUCUACACUGCAUACUGAGCACUUGACUCAGACUGAGCAUUGGUAGUGGAUCCAGUGUCUCUGUCUCCUUUCCAGAUUGAUGCACACUUAUCACCUCUAUGCCAGCUCCAUGCUGGGGUGAGAUCCCAAGUGUGAUCCUCCCAUUCUCUACUCUGUGAAGGAAACCUCUCCAUGAAGGAUGAGUGGGAGCUGGUGCUCCGCUGGGUUUCUUCCAUCUGGAUGCCUGUGGGACUAGGACCUUGAAGUGCCAGCUGAGUGCAGCUUCAGUCUCUGUGCUGAGGGAGCUUGUGCAUCACCAGUGACCCAGGACAUUCUCAUGAGCUGCUGGCAGCUAGUCUUCCCAAAUUGUUUGAGUAGUGGUGAGUCAGUAAGGAUGGAGUGCCCUCCCUUUGGUCUGACUGAGAAGGGGCAGCACAUUCCCUUCUGCCUGGUGCUCCUGGAGGGUUUGUAAGGCAGCUACAAAUAGUGUCCCGCCUUGCUGAGCUCUUCUGUUCUUCAUCUUGGUGGUCAAGUGCCACUGGGCACACUUUUCCUUCCCUUUUCCCUUCCCUACUUCAGGGACAUGCAAACAUGUACAUUCUAUUUCAGCCACAUCUGCUAAAGAAUUUCAGCUCCCCAAAAUAUCCCAUUCCUACACAUUCUGGGCAAUAGAGGGAGCUGUGUCUCUGAUGCCACCAGUGGAAAUGUGCUAAGCUCAACCUUCGUGGAGAAUCCCUAACGCAGGAAACCAAAUUUCAUCAGUUUUCACAAGAUGCCUCACGGAUCUUUGUGGGAAUCCUCCAGCAGUUGCACUAAUUCUGUUCUGAGAAAUUUGGCACUGUUACUUGAGAUAUUGGCUCAGUUUAUUUUCUGAAGUUUCCACAUUUUUCUGUGUUUCCACCCUUGGGCCGUCUUUGAUUUUGGCAAGUGCUUCUCUUAUUGGUUCCAUCAAGGAUCCAGAGCUAAAAUUACAUACUUAUGGAAAUUCGCUUUUGAUAUCAGAAGUAUUGCUUUGGUGUAAGACUUUGGUUGGUGUUCAGUAUGUCAUCAGACAGUCAGGAGUGAAAAUAGAUUAUUUAAAUUGGGCAUGGCAUUUUUUAGAAAAAAAUACUGGGAAAAAAACACAACACAGAUUUCCUGUAGAAUAAUACUCUCGAGAAUUAGUUUUAAAAAGAUCAAUCUUACAUGACAUUUUAUUUAGAUAAAAAUAAAAUAUUAAAUUUCAAAUUUAGCAACUUAAUUUCAGCUGCUACUCUUAAUAUAAAAUAGCAGCAGAAACACCCACUGUUUGCCUAACAUCAUACUCACCGUUGUUUGUAUUUCAUUAUGUUCCAUAUUUCAUUAUGUUUUUAUUCUGGAUUUUAAAAUAAAAGAUUUGUGAUGAUUUUUAACUUGUGUAAAUGUGGUAGCUGGUAACCGAAUUAUGUAAUUACUACUGAAAUUGGUAAUUGGUAUGUAACUGAUAAUUGGUAUCCUAAUUGCUUUGUUAAUAGAGACUUCGUCUGUGGGUAAUUGGUAAAUUUGUCAUUUUGCUAAGCGGAACAAUUGAGCUCUGUACCGCACCCAGAAAGGGCAUGAAGAGAGGUGAGGCCUCUGCCUUCUUUGUAUGGGGAGCAGGAGGCUGCUGAGGCUGGACACCCCGUGAAACACUCCGCGUGGCGCUGACCCCACAGAGAUGUGGGUUUGUGUCUUAGACUACUGCCUUCUGUAUGCUGCCCAAGUGUUUUUAAUAAUAUUGAGAUGCUGGGACCGUGAAUAAUUGUUUUUUUGAGAAGGUUAGUGAAUGGGUUUCUGUUAUAUACAUGACGGGAACAGAGGAGAACCCAGUUCUCAAAUAAUUCCUCUGAACAGGAGGUGGGAGCAGUUCAUCACUCCUGUCUCACUAAAUGUCAGCAGCUAGCACUAUUAUUAGUAUUAUUUUAGCCACUAAGGCUCAGACCAGUUUGUGAGGGCUGAUGGAAGCAGGGCUCAACAGAGUCACAGGCACAAUGGUGCCACCUGACAGGCUGGGAGGGACGCAGUGUCCUUCUGGGACAGCACCAAAAGGCAGAGGCACAGAUCUUGUCUGUGCUUAAGGUCUCAUAAGCAGAAAGGCUGGUUUGUGCCUCCUUCAUCCAUCUUGCUAAGUCAUUUCAUUGUCACAUGAAAGCAAAAAUAGCCUUUGUCCCUUAGCUUUUGACCUGAUGCUGCAAAAAUACUAGAGCCUGGAGAGUUAGAGGAACACUUUCAGGACUGUUCACUGUAGGGAGCCUAAACUGAGGAAGAUCAAACCCAAAUUUCCCAAGCAACUGCAGUUAUACCUACAUGUGUGGUCCAGUUGAGAGGAGGACCAUGCUUUUCAAACAAGCCUUCUGAUGGCUGCAGCUGUCCUUUGCUUUGCAUCAGGGAGCAGCCUCAGAGCAUGCAAAUCAGCUGGGCACCACAGCUUUCAUUUCCUGGGGAGCCCAUUGGGGACAGCAGCAGGCUGCUGCUUCUUGCCACCGUCUGAAGUUGGGACAGGCCUCAGAGGGAUGAGGUGGGCAUUGUGGGAGAGCCUGGCACCGCCUGGAGGCCUAAGGGACAAGCUUGGAGAGGGAGGAGAGAGGAGAGGAGAAUUACUUCACUGUGGCCCCUGGGGAUUCUGUCCAGAUGCUACCACAAUUACUCCCCUGCCCUGUUUCCUGCUGCUAUCUACUGACAAUCAGAAGGUAGUUAAAAAGCAAGAGAAACAAAAGGGACACACCCUUUUUUUGUGCCUGUCUCAAGGAUGGCAGGUUCCAACUUAUUCACAAUUUAGUAAAUCCUCCCUGGAGAUGACAGAAGGAAAGGACACCUUCAAUUUAGGCAACAAGGGACGUGAUCUGCAGUUCCAGUGGGUGUCAUGGAUGGGUCAUAGGCACAAAAGAAAAUUACAGAAUGGUAUUUCUUAGCAGACAGUUGUUUCAACACUUAACACUCAUCUUCUCAGCAGAGGUCCCUAAAUCAACAUACAGGCCUCUGAAUGUGUGCAUUUCAAAACUCACAAGAAACCAAUAAUUCCAAUAGGACUUGUGUCAGCUUACAUGCCUGAUUCAUUAAGAGAAAGUUAUAUCACAGUGUGAAAUACUAAUAACGAUGGAUCAGUAUUAUUCUGUGGUGUAUUCUCAUGUGAAUAUGAAUUGUAGAUCAAGCAGGUUUUUCAUAUGUUUACAGUCUGAAGUUGCCAUAAUUUUGCAUCUGAUUAACAGUUAAGUCAUACGUGCUUCUUUCUGGGGGCAAACCCCUCAUCUUUGUUGUGGUUGAACCCAGCAGGCAGCUGAACACCACACAGCCAUUUGCUCACUCCCCACCUUCGUGCACCAAAUGAGAAGGUGAAAAGACUCUAAAAACCAGGUUAGUUCUAAAAAUACAUCACCCUAAAGAGGUGUCUGAGGCUUCACUAAUUUCUUCCCCCUCCAAGGCCUGAAGGAGGGCAGGUUGAACGUGGUGGACCUCCCACGGGUGGCUGCAAUGUUGGGCUCCAGGCACCCAAUGUCCCUCACAUACAAGACAGUGGCCUUAUGAUCAACCACCUGGAAGCCCCAGAGAUGCUGCUGGAUGGGUGUGACAUUGCAGGCACCACCAGGGCAACCACACACAUUGUGAGCUCAGCAGCUUCCAACUCCUGUAUCCCUUUAGAAGCCAACAUGCAGCGUUUUGCAAAUCGGCUUCUCAGGCACGUAAUUCCUAGUGGCUGCUUUGAUGAUGCUUCAAAGACACAGUGCUUGCACUAUUUAAAAGCUCUGAGGGCACUGCAGCGUGAUGGUUUCAACACUAUCUUUUUAGGGGAAACAGAUAUUCCAGAAAGUCUUAUAACAGGAGAAAAAGUAGCUGAGGAGGCCAGCCUACGCUGGCCAGCGUGGACACUUGUUCAUGCUGGCAGCAGCCAAGGCUGGGUGCCGUGGAGGUACAAACUGCUGUUAAGAAAUGAACUGCCCACUCAAAAACAGAAUGGUGUCUUUCAGGAAUUGUGUGAUUCUCUAACCAUGUCCUACGGGAAAUGCAUAAUUGUGACAAGAGAUAAAAGGCAGCUGACAGGUGUAGGCGCAAAGAACAGCAAGGAGCAGGAGAUGGGAUUGCUGCCUUCAGUCCCACCAGUGAUCUACGUGUCCAGCAUCAAGUGUUGCCCUGAGACUGCUAGAGCCAAUGGCCAUGAGCUUCUUGUUGUGCCUUCAUCUUACAACUGCCUCUACCCAAUGGAUGUUGACUGGUCUUCUCUGAAAUGGUUUAUUAUAAACAACAGGAAGGACUUUGCCCUGAGGUCUGUUGAGAAUACCCACUCCUAUAGAUGUAUCCUCUUCAACGACCUGAUUAUUAAAGGAAUGGAGAAGAUGACCCCAAACAAAUGGAAGAUAGCAAUUAACAAAGUGAAGAAAUGGGAAAACUACUACCUUGACUCAUUUUCUUAAAUGGUUCUUCCUAUCUUCAGGCCUCAGAUGUGCUUUGAUAGUGGUUCCUGCUCUGUAGAGCCCUUUUGUUGAAAGGAUAUAAGCUUUAAAAACAAUGUUAAUUGUACUAAUAAAAGAGAUCAUUUUAAA